CCAGAAGAAGAGCCGGCACAAUCAUGAAAAUCAUCCUGUGUUUAGUUCUUGUGGCCAUUCCUCUGACCAGUGGAAGACCAAGGAGCAAGCGUGAGGCUUACGACCUCCCAGACGGCGCCGAGCUAAUCGUGGGGUCUAUCAAGACUUCCUUCACGUGUCCGGCCAAGAUCGGCUACUUCGCCGACGUGGACAACAACUGCCAGAUCUUCCACGUGUGCAACCCGGUCACCUACCCCGACGGAAAGUCAGAGGUGCUGCAGUACAGCUUCUUCUGUGGCAACCAGACCGUGUUCAACCAGCUCAGCCUGACGUGCGCCUGGCCGGAGGAGGCCGUGCCGUGCAAAAACGCGCCAGAUUUCUUCUACGUGAACGACAACAUCGGCAUCCCCGACGCACCGUUCCUGACCGACGCAGACGUCCAGAAGGCUGCUCAGCUGAUCCCCGGGUACGGACAAAGCAAGGCAGCCGCGUCCAACGUCCUCGAGUCACGAGUGCCCGCCGGACGAGGUCGGAAGUAGGCCACGCUUUUAGCCAUCCAUGGCGCGCCCUCCGGAUGCACUGCUUGGAAGCCAGGACCGCCGGUUCGCUUUCUUGGGCCAGGCGGCGCUCGAAGUAAUGGCGCUACUAGCGGCGCUUCGGCGAUCUGUUGGCUUUUGGUUAUGGCCUUCUUGCUCAAGUUGGUGCUUCCCGGACCUUUCUCCGAGCUUCGGUAGGUGCCUGGUCCUUCUCGGAUGAGCCAACGUUCCGAGUGGUUUGUCGCGCAUCCUUUGGAUCCUUCGCUGAUGACUCACGGGGUCAAGACGCCAUCUUUUCCUGUGGAACGCCGAUCGUGUAAUACGGCCUGGUGUUCAGGACAAGAUCGCGCUUGGAUGCUGAUCGUUUUCAUUGCUACCUCUCGGGCUAUGGUGGGGCUCUCUUGCUCAUGGCAGUGGCUUGGGCGAAGGUGCCCUGGAGACUGCUGGACACGGUCAACUCGAAUAGGCUUCUUCGCAUUGGACUCCUACAGCGUAGUGACGAGAACCCAAGGGCCCAAGAGAAGCAUGUUCCAUCCCGCUUUAUGACAACCUCCAAGUUGAGAGAGAAAACUGGGAAAACUCGCCUCUUUGUGCUGUGGCGCGCUCAAGGGAAGGGAGGCAGGAGAGCUUUCCUGGCACAGUGUAGUAUUGAGCUGUGUUGUCAGCAAUCAAUGCUUUGCGAGAUGCACGCUGCAGGAUAGCGGCAGCAACUUUCCUGUUAUAUGUUGAUGCUUUUGUAAAGUUGAUUUCAUAUAAACUUGCGCACCAUGCUUGUUUUAUAAUGGCCCGCAGAGAAUAAACCAAUGUUUAUUUGA